AUGACUCAGGUGGAGGGCUCUGCGCGCUUCGGCUUUAUCUUGCCCUUGGAAUGGGCUGGCGGCGAGAAAUACCAGGACCUUGUUGGAUUUCCUAACGGACUGGAUGCGAAUCAUGUUAGAUACUGGCAUCUUGAUCGGUAUCACACCAAGCGAGACAUCUUGAUGAUGCGGCUUAUGAACAGCGUCACAGAUCAGCCUAACUGGCGUCGAAAGAUCUUCCACCCAAGUUUCAUUUCAGGAUGGUGUGCGAAAUUUGACCAGCUCACCCCGCAUAUCAACUUCAAGGCAAAGAACUGGAUCAUAGAGGAACUACAGUGGCGAGCCGGCCAGCACAGAGAGAGCGGAAUGGUCGAUGCUUUUGACGGCAUCGUGAAAUCCGACACGGCCAUUCCUGAAAAUCUUCGGCGUUCGUUGAUGCAAGCUACUCGCGCACUUGAGGAUGCUGCAGGAUAUGAUAAGAACUACCGUCCUGGCACUGGCAACACGGUGGUUGAUAUUGUGGAUCCAGCCAUGUUUCCAUUCAUCUACGGCCGAAGCGCCUAUUUGCCGGACGGGGUGGUAGGAGUCGAGAACUGCCUCGAUUAUGUUGGCGCAGGAGAGAUGCUCAAGGGAAUCGAAAAAUAUUCGGACCAUAUGCGAAGAUGGUGGGAAUUUGCAGACAAUAUUGGGCAUACUCUUCCCUUCGGGUACCAGUUCGACACUUCGGUCCAAUACACCAGGGAAAACAGAGCCCCCUUCAAGUUCCGCGACAUGCCCACACCUAAGUUCCAGUGUCUUCCAUGCGAUGUUUCAUUUUCUGACGAUGGGUGCCACAUCGAGUCCUAUAUCAACAACAUACACCCGCAGCAGCACAAAGACCUGUACAAAGCCAUCGAGAAGAUACUCACAUGCACGAUUCCUCUCUGGGACGCGGUUCUUUCUCAGCUGGGGCCUGAUUUUAAAAGAGUUCAAUAUCGAGGAUUCGGUAAUCCUCAUUUCCAUCAAGAUCGACCUGAGUUUGGCAGUGACUCUUUCUGGGACGAGGACCAUAUCCGCAAGGCCCUCAAAGGGCAAGGGCAAGAUACGUUUGAGUCAUACAAGCACCAGGUCAAAUUACGCGAAAACUUCCAUGAUACAGGCCUGCAGGUCAUCGUGAAGAUGGUCAACGUUGAGCUGACCCCCGACAACCCAGUGCGCAUGGGAGAAUUGUGGCAUUUGGAAGGACAGCCCAAUGAGUACAUUUGCGCGACCGCGGUGUACUGCUACGACAUGGACAACAUCACACCGAGUGGCCUUGACUUUCGACAUAUUCAACCAUGUUUUUUGGACUGCUGCUACAACAAGGAAUAUCGGGGAUGGUAUUACAGCCCGAUAGAUACAUAUGACCGUUAUUGGCCGUGGUGCGAUGGCAUCGACAAAACAUUUGGCUUUCCGUUCGACGAGGAGCGCUGCUCAAAAGUCUAUGAUAACUUCUACAGCAGCAAUAUAACCCGGUACCUCGGACGGGUCCUCAACUCACCAGGACGACUUACCGUUUAUCCAAACAUCUUCGAGAACCAGCACUCCGGUUUUUUACUGGCAGACAGAUCCAGGCCUGGACAUUGCAAGACCCUCGUUUUUUCUCUUGUGGAUCCGCAUAUCCGCAUCAUUUCCUCGGCCAAUGUUCCUCCGCAGAGAAAGGACUGGUGGGAAGAGCGUGAGCAGUUGGUCGUACAGCUGCUGUAUGGGAGGCUGCCGGUUGAACUGGCAGACAUGAUUAGUGCCCAGCACACCGAUUUCGGAAUAGAUUUAGAGGAAGCGAAAACCAAUCGGCUCCAUUUUAUGAGCCAGAGAAAACCCGUCGAGUUUUUCCACCGUGGAGGAUGGAAUUGUCGUCUGCCUUGA